UUUGGAGUAGCUCUGUUGACUAUAUGUAAGUUUUGCCAUUUUUUCUAGUUUCUCAAGAAAAACUGUAUUUUUUGGGCAUUUUACUUUUCUGUUUCUGGUGUUGUGAAGCUUAGAGGAUUUUUACUGCUAUUUUUUAACUUUUUUCACUUUUUGAGCAUUUGUUAUAAUGCGUAGCCAUGGCAACAAGCUGAUUUACAAUCGGGAGCAGCUGAUUAACAUUUGGAAGGCUGAAAUAAUACCUCAACUGAAGCCACAAAUCCCAAAUUAGCUAAAACGCAAGAAGCGUGGGUGCAGAGCGGGAGUAAAACUGAGACAGAGAAAGAGGAAAUUUAAACCAUCUCUUCCAUCGAUCAUAAUGGGCAAUGUGAGAUCACUGGCCAACAAGAUUUAGGAACUCCAAGCCCUUUCAAGGACUCAGCCAGAGUAUUGGCAGUGCAGUGUUAUGUGUUACACUGAGAAGUGGCUGCAGGACCAUAUCCACGUUUCCAGCGUUUCUCUGCCAGGAUUGCUGACUGUACAAGCAGACAGAGAUCUGAAGAGGAGCGCGAAAAGAAAAGGAGGUGGAGUGGCAGUGCUUGUCAACAACAGAUGGUGCCAUCCAGGUCAUGUUUCAGUGAAAUGUUGUCUCUGCAGCCCAGAUGUUGAACUCUUGGCAGUAAGUUGUCACCCAUAUUAUUUGCCAAGAGAGUUCACUGGUGUUGUCUUGGCAACCGUUGAUAUUCCACCUUCAGCCAUUGCUGAAAGUGCAUGUUAUGCCAUCAGUUCCGUUGUCGCUAAGCUUCAAACCCAGCACCCCAAUGCAUUUGUGGCUAUAUCUGGUGAUUUUAAUCAUGCCUCGCUCUCUGCUGUACUUCCAACAUUUCUACAGUUUGUCAGCUACUCCACCAGAAAAAACAAGAUAUUGGAUUUGUGUUAUGCAAAUGUAAAGAAUGCAUACAUGUCCAAAACAAGACCUCCUCUGGGGCAAUCAGAUCACAAUCUUGUUUUUCUCUGCUCAGAAUACAAACCAGUUGUUCAGAGGCAACCUGUGACAAGAAGAACUGUGAGAAAAUGGUCACAGGACACUGACGAAGCCCUGCAGGGUUGUUUUGAGACCACAGAUUGGAUGACCCUCUGCCAAGGAAAUGAAGAGGACAUCAAUGCCAUGACUGGAUGUGUCACUGACUAUAUAAACUUCUGAGUGGAUAACAUCAUACCCACCAGAACAGUGAGAUGCUUCGCUAAUAACAAACCCUGGAUCACCAGUGAACUGAAGAAUCUGCUAAAUGAGAAAAAAGGAGCCUUCAAGGAGGGAGACAUGGAAUUAUUGAGGAGUAUACAGAAGCAACUGAAGAUCAAGAUCAGAGACAGCAAGGAGGCAUACAGGAAGAAGCUGGAGAACAAACUACAGAGGAACACUAUCAGAGAUGUCUGGUCAGGGAUGAAGAAGAUCACAGGUUUCAAGCAAAGGAAAGAUUGCACAGAUGGCAGCCUGGACACAGCCAAUGAACUGAACAAGUUCUUCAAUAGGUUCAGUUCAGGAACAAACCCAGCAUCCUCCUCGCCUGUCCCCAACCAAUCAGACAUCCCAUCCUCCUCUGAUCCAACAUUUUCCUGUCACACGCCAGCUCUUUAGUCCUCUAACACAGUCAUGGACUCUUCUGGUUCUAUAAAUCUGUCUUCAACCAAGUCAGGAGAUGCUGCUGCCCCAUUUACCUCCCCCUCCCAUCUAUCUGUCUCUAGAAGUCAGGUGAAGAGGCAACUGGAGAGACUGAACAGGAACAAGGCUGCAGGUCCAGAUGGUGUCAGCCCCAGGGUACUGAAGGCCUGUGCAGAGCAGCUCUGUGGGAUUCUGCAGCACCUCUUCAACCUCAGCCUGGCCCAGGAGAAGGUUCCAGUCCUGUGGAAGACAUCCUGCAUUGUUCCAGUUCCAAAGAAAACUCGCCCAUCAGUCAAUGACGACUACAGACCGGUUGCCCUGACAUAUCCACAUCAUGAAGGUCCUGGAGAGACUCCUGUUGGUCCACCUGAAUAAGCAAACUAGAACAUAUCAGGACCCACUGCAGUUUGCUUAUCGCCAUGGAGUUGGAGUUGAAGAUGCCAUCAACCAGCUGCUUCAACCAAUCCACUGUCAUCUGGACAAAGCAGGCAGCACUGUGAGGGCCAUGUUCUUUGAUUUCUCCAGUGCAUUUAACACAAUCCAGCCUGAUGUACUUCGCCAGAAACUCCAGAAGACACAGGUGGGAGCCACAACUAUCGCCUGGACUAAAGACUACCUGACAAACAGACCACAGUUUGUGAGGCUGAAGAACUGCACAUCAAACCAGGCGAUCAGUAACACUGGAGCACCACAGGGGACUGUACUCUCACCAUUCCUUUUCACCCUGUACACCUCAGACUUCCAGUACAAAUCAGAGACCUGUCAUCUACAGAAAUACUCAGAUGACUCUGCAGUUGUCGGGUGUAUCAGAGAUGGACAGGAAGCUGAGUAUAGAGAGCUGGUGGAGCACUUUGUGGCAUGGUGUGGAAACACUCAUCUGACCUUGAAUGUGAACAAAACAAAGGAGAUGAUUUUAGACUUCAGAAGAAACAGGGUGGAGUCAAACACUGUUUCCAUCAUGGGAGAAGAAGUGGAGGUGGCUGAGGAAUACAAAGACCUUGGCGUUCACCUGGACAACAGACUGGACUGGAGAAAGAACAGCGAAGCCUUUUACAAGAAGGGACACAGCUGACUGCACUUCUUGAGGAUGCUUAGGUCCUUCAAUGUCUGUAGCAAGAUGUUGCAGAUCUUCUACAAGUCUGUUGUUGAGAGUGUAAUCUCUUCAGCCAUCGUCUGUUUAUGUUUAUGUUUAUGUAUUUAGCAGACGCUUUUGUCCAAAGCGACUUACAAGUGAUAAUCGGCAUUUUGCCCUUGAGGCUAACAACAAUAGUAACAACAACAAAUUGACAUCAGUCAUGGAGAGGAGGGAACAAGGAGUGGACAGUAGAGAGGGGGGACAGGUGCAGGCAAGGUGCUAGUUAAGAAGAUGCUCUCUGAAGAGCAGGGUCUUCAGGAGUUUCUUGAAAAUAGAAAAGGAAGCCGCAGUUCUGGUAGUGUUAGGAAGGUCAUUCCACAUUUGUGGAACGAUGCAUGAGAAAAGUCUGGAUUGUCCUGAGCGUGGUGUAGGCACUGCUAGCCGACAAUCCUGUGAUGACCGGAGCGGCCGGGCCGAGACGUAAGCCUUUGCAAGAGGAUUCAGGUAGAUGGGAGCCGUACCGUCUCGGACUUUGUAUGCUAGUGUUAGCAAUUUGAAUUUGAUGCGUGCUGCUAGCGGUAGCUGUUGGGGUAAAAGCUUCAGAAGCAGGGACCUGAAAAGGCUCAACAGCCUAAUAAAAAAGACUGGUUCUAAUUCCAUUUUUGGUUAUUUUUAAAACACAGGAAAGGUUUCUCUUUACCUUGCUGAAAGUUUUGUUCACUGACUGCAAAACAUCUUCAGAACUGAUGCGUCAGCUCUGAAGAUGUUUUGCAGUCGGCAAACAAAACUGUCAGCAAGGUAAAGAGAAGCAUUUCCUGUGUUUUAAAAAGAACCAAAACGGGAAUUUGAAGCCAAACACAGAAAGGGCGUACCAAAGAAGGGUGGUUCUGUUCUGGGGACGACUGUGGAACCACUGGAGGAGAUAAUGCAAAGAAGGAUUCUCCAGAGAAUCAAGAAAAUUAUGGACAACCCUGAUCAUUCUCUUCACAAGACUGUCUGACAACGGAAGAGUGUCUUCAGUCAGAGGCUUCUUCAGUUUUGCUGCAACACUGACCGCUACUGGAGAUCCUUCCUGCCAACAGCCAUUGUAAUAUACAACAACUCUUUUACAACUUGAUUAUUAUUAUUAUUCUGAGCUACUGCAGCAAACAAUUUCCCUCUGGGAUUAACAAAGUAUUUUUGAAUUGAAUUGAUUAUUUAACUUAUGAGUUGUAAAAGUUCACUUUUUAUUCAGAGUGAGGUAUCCAGCAGUCUGAGAUAAGGGAGGAAAGGGCUUUUGUGGGAGACCUUGGCAGUUUAUUAAUGUCUGCGUUGAAGAAUAAGUGAGCAAAAGGUUGAUUUGUGCGUCUGAAUCCUCCAGCUGGCGUAACCUUGACUUUGCAGCUCUGGUGUGCAUGAAAGGUUACUGUGUCAAUUUGAUGGUGAAAAUUGACCCUUUUUAUCCAUUACACACCAAACAAAAGGUCACACUCCAAUAUUCCAUUGGACCGCCUUUAGCUUUGAUUACAGCACACACAAAGUCCAAAGAAAGCCUUUACAAAAGACUUUAUUCUUUCUAUAUAUUGUCUGUUGUAUCUGUAGCAAUUAAUUCAUAUUAAUUAUGAUCAAUAAGAUGUGAUAUUCCAUAUAAAUAUGAAAUAUCAAUCUAAUUGAUCUUUGAAUGUUUAAUCAGAAGAUUCUAUGGUUCUUUGCUUAUUCAGGGACCAUAAACACACUUUGUAUUAAUUCAGACUGAGUCAGUAUAUAGUUUAUAAAAUGAAUUUAAUUAUUCUUCCUAAACUAAUGAUACAUGACAAGAUAUGAAUAAUGAGAUGUGGUGUGGUGUAUGUGAGGUGUUGAAUGUUUACAAGAAGGGAAGUUAGAUGUUGUAGCACCCGUUCUUUGUAGCUGAGAGAAAUAGUGAAAUCUGUGUGUAAAAUAUUUUGUUGUUUGUUAUGAACUAGAGAGUUAGUUAUCGAUAAAAACCUCAUCAGACUCCGGUAUGCAGGCUUACGAUACCCUUGUAUGAGUUGCUCCCGGCGGUCUGGAGGUUUGCGGUCAGAGUGGUGAGGUCACCAGACGUCGAAACCACAAUACUCAGAGAUUGGUAGCUUCCUCUGAGUUCAGCUUCCCCGGCCAUGAGAUGCAACCCGGGGUCUGCAGAUUAGGUGUGAAGUAGCUCUUAAAAGAGCUGUUGUGUCUGUAAUCACUUGCAGCAUCGCAGAAAGGUUUAAGGUCAAAAGAGAUUGUUUCAAAAGAUGCUUCUUUCCCGAUUUGGCCGAAUUGGGGCUCAACUGGAAACUGAAUUAAUCGAGAAGUAAAUCCUGUUUUAAUAAACGACUUUGUUAUGAUUUCUGGCCAAGUUUGACAAAUCGUAAUUUGACACGUUUCUGAUUAUUUACCAACAUCCCUCAGAAAGCCACACCUUCUUUCAGAUACAAAAUCCCUUAAUAUGUAUCUUAUUGUAAUGUGUACAAGUGUUAAAGUUAAAGUCCCAUCAGUUGUCACACACACUACUGUUUGUGCGAAAUUUGUUCUCCGCAUUUGACCCAUCCCCUGGGGGAGUGGUGAGCUGCAGACACAGCUGCGCUCGGGAACCAUUUGGUGGUUUAACCCCCCAAUCCAACCCCUUAAUGAGUGUCAAGCAGGGAGGCAUUGGGUCCCAUUUUUUCAAAGUCUUUGGUAUGACCCGACCAGGAAUUGAACCCUGAUCUCCCAGUCUCAGGGCGGACACUCUACCACUAGGCCACUGAGCUGGCAAAGUGUAAACAAUGAUUAACUUGUUAAAUCAAACACAUAGUGAUUGGUGACAUAAAUGGAUCAUUGCAAGAACAAUAUUCAUUUCAAAUUCAUUGAUUUAAGCACAGGUUAUUGUUCAUUCAUCACAUAUGAAAACUGUAAGCUUAUGAGUUGUAAAAGUCAUGGAGUCUUCGCUUGUUCAGAGUAAAGAAUGUUGACGUGUGGCAUUCAUGCAGAGAGUGUAGGACCUUUGGAGAGUAGGAGAAUGUUUGUAUGAAUGUUUUGUCUUCAUGGAAUAUCAACACUACGAUCUACGUCCCAAUCCUCACCUAUGGUCAUGAGCUUUGGGUAAUGACCGAAAGAACGAGAUCGCGGAUACAAGCGGCCGAAAUGAGUUUCCUCCGUAGGGUGGCCGGGCUCAGCCUUAGAGAUAGGGUGAGGAGCUCGGACAUUCGGGAGGGACUCGGAGUAGAACCGCUGCUCCUCCGGAUCGAAAGGAGCCAGUUGAGGUGGUUUGGGCAUCUGGUCAGGAUGCCUCCUGGACGCCUCCCCGGGGAGGUGUUUCGGGCAUGUCCUGCCGGCAGAAGGCCCCCGGGUCGACCCAGGACACGUUGGAGAGGUUACAUCUCCAAUCUGGUCCGGGAACGCCUUGGGGUCCUGCCGGAGGAGCUGGUGGACAAGGCCGGGGAGAGGACGGCCUGGAGCUCCCUAGUUGGGAUGCUGCCCCCGCGACCCGGACCCGGAUAAGCGGAGGAAGACGAAGACGACGACGACGACGGAAUAUCAACACACGCUGAACAGAACCUUCUGCUUCUGGAAGGCCAAAUAGAAAGUGGAUUUAUGCUGUAGAUGAAAGGUUAUUAUGUUAAUCAAUAUAUAGGUGAAAAUUGACCCUGUUGAAUGUUCUAUAUCUUUCCAGUAUUUAAUGUUUUUUCUUGCUUUUUAUUGAUUAAUUUGUUUGUUUAUUUAUUUAAAUAAGUAACGGGUUUAGGUUUAGCUACUGCUGGGACAGCAAUAGCUCAAGAGGUAGAGCGGGUCGUCUAGUAAUUGGACGGUUGCAGGUUCGAUCCCGGCUCCAAUUACAGAAUGCUGUUGUGUCCUUGGGCAAUACAUUUAACCUGCUUGCCUGCUGGUGGUGGUCGGAGGGAUCGGUGGUGCCUGUGUUUGGCAGGCCUCGCCUCUGUCAGCUACGUCGUAGCUCAUCACCACCAGUGUGUGAAUGGGUGGAUGACUGUGUUGUGAAGCACCUUGGGGGGUUUGUAGAACCCUAAGAAGGUGCUAAACAAAUACAGGUCAGGUUAUUGCUCAUUUGAAGAACUACUGAUCGGGUUCACUUUCAUAGAUUACCAGAGAAUCUCACUCUUUCUAAGCAAACUAGUUGUCAUUUCUGAAUGACUUCCAAUAACUUUUUAUGAAACUAUUGGAUGAACUAGCUCCUUGCUCCUUUGAUGACCAUCUCCCUGCAGUGUCAUUACCACCAUAUUUAGCAAAAGUCAAUA